AAUCUCCGGGAAGAUUUCUUGAACUGACGUAACAUCAAGGCGGCUUUGAAACCACAUCGCUGAAUCCGCGCGCCAGUUAAAAUCCGGCCGCGUACGGAGAAACAACCGAAGAACCGGAGGUGAAGCACAAGCUAAAUAAAGCUUCACGAUCGUUUUGAAGAUGACAAAAAAUAGUUUAACGCACGUUUGAUACAGUUCGCAGUUCGUACUUACCGGACAAAAAUGAAGCUUUGUUGAUACCGAUGCGGGACUUUAAUAUAAAGUUAACAUGUAAACUGUUCACAAUGAAACGGAAGUUUUGGAUGGUAGUGAUUUUUAGUUUUCUUGCUUUGGAUAUUGGCGAAGCUAUCAGAUGGCUCUCCCUCCAACACUCUCAUCUUCAUUGGAACUUGACCGCCUGGUCGCUCCAAAACAGUCCUGGAGGCAGAGGCGUACGUUCGGGGGACCGAUCACCCUGCGCGGUGGCCCGGCGCAGAUACGGACUUGCCAGAGCGCAGGCGCGACUCUGCCGAACGGCACCAGAUGCGAUGCCUCACGUCCAGCAAGCGGCACGACUCGCUGUCGACACAUGCCAGCAGGUCUUUGGGAACAGGAGAUGGAACUGCUCCAGUGUUGCCAGUGCGCCGUAUCUUACGCCGGAUCUUACCAGAGCAACAAGAGAACAAGCUUACGUGUACGCCAUCUCAUCGGCAGCGGUAGUUUGGGCCGUGGCAAGAGCAUGUUCUUCAGGAGCUCUACACCAAUGCACCUGUGCCCCAAGACCGUCCAAGUCUCCAGCACCUACGCAGAAAUUCCAAUGGGGCGGAUGUGGGGAUAACAUCAAAUGGGGAUCACACUUCUCCAAAAGGUUCAUAGAUGCUGUAGAAAAGUCUACGCUAGAAAAAAACAAAAAAUCGAGGAGAGAUGAAAUAAGUGAAUCUGAACGAAUUCUGAGGAGUUACAUGGCACUUGUAAACUUACACAAUAACAAGGUCGGAAGAAAAAUAAUGUCUGAAAGCCUUCGAACCCAAUGUAAGUGUCACGGGGUCUCAGGUUCUUGCAACAUAAAAACAUGUUGGAGAGCUUUGCCUUCUAUGACCGAGAUAGGAAUGAAGAUGCUUCAAAAAUACACAAAUGCCAUCGAAGUGAAGAGGGGAUUUUUGGAAAAAAUCAGCUCGGAAGAAAAAAAGAAGAAGAGAAAUUCUAGCGCACAAUUAGUGUAUAUUUCGAAAUCUCCUGAUUAUUGUACCAAAGAUGAGAAGUUGGGAAGUUUCGGCACAGUUGGCAGGACACUGCAAUGUAUCAUCAAAUGGUCCAGACAGCUGUCGCCAACUUUGCUGCGGAAGAGGUUAUAGAACAGUGGUGGACGAGAAGAUAGAACGCUGCCAAUGCAAAUUCUAUAACUGCUGUUACGUCAAAUGCAAGAUUUGUAGAACUCUGACGCAAGUCUAUGAAUGUUUGUAAAAUU